AUGCCACAGAACUUCAUCAGCACGAUUUGGCUUAAUCAAACGUACAAGCAGUCCGGUAUCAAUGUUAAUAGUACAACACACUUAUGUUUUCGCAACAUUGAUCCGAAUCUGAUUACGUUCCGUGAUUCCUUUAAAUGUCUUAAUUAUAUCAGUAAUCUAGGAGAAUUUGGUAAUAAUGUUAUUCUACUAGUCACCUACGAUACAUUCUAUCAACCUUCUGAUAUGUUGCUACAAUUGUGCGAACAACUUAAUCAAAUUGGUUCGAUCUAUAUUUUAUGCUCAACUGAGAUACAUAAUCGCCAGCUAGCUGAAAAAUUAACUAAGUAUCGUGGAAUUUACAAAAAUGUAGAAUCACUAUGCCACAAAUUACUUCAACUACCAUACUUUCAAAACAAACGCCAGAAAGCAUUUAUUCAAAAUCCUUUCACCAUCAAUACAUUACCUCCGACAUAUAUUCCUUCUUUUACUAUCUCUAAUUCUCUGUCAUCUCCAAUAAAAUCAACUGAUAACACAAAAUAUCAAGAGGCAGAAUUUAUGUACUCAACAUUUCUUAGAGAAAUUCUUAUAGAAUUUGAAUCAACUGAAGAAGAAAUGAUUAGUUUUUGUCGUGACAAAUUCGCCGAUGAUAAAACACAGUUAAACUAUAUCGAAGAGUUCGAAGACUAUUAUGAAUCUUCAAAUGCUAUCUUCUGGUACACACGUGAUACAUUUCUUUAUCGUAUGCUAAAUCAAUCCUUGCGAGAUGUAGAUAUUGAUACUCUCUAUAAAUUACGUUACUUUAUCAAAGAUCUUCAUUUACAGCUGACAGAACAACACAAAUUACAGCAGAUAAGUGUAUCAGUAGAUCAACCAUCAUCAAUUCAAACUGUAUAUCGAGGUCAAUUGAUGGAUAACAAUGAAUUUGAUAAGAAAAUCAGAUACAAUAUAGGCGGUUUCUUUUCAGUAAGCAGUUUUUUAUCAACAACUCCGUUUAAAAACUUAGCAAGUGUAUAUGCUGGUGGUGGUAGCAGUGUUCAGCAGUCUGACGCCCAACACGUAUUAUUUCAUAUAGAUAUUGACAAUAGUAUUAAGAAAUUUUUCUAUGCAGAUGUAACUGCACAAAGUGUGUUUGCGAAAGUCGAAUGCGAAACUUUAUUUACGAUGGGAGCUAUCUAUCGCAUACUCUCAGUAACAUUAGAUUCAGAAAACACAUGGAAUGUCAAAUUAAAACUAACCGGUGAUGAGGAUGAAGAACUAAAGGCAUUAACUGAACAUAUGAAGUACGAUAUAAUAACACCAUAUCCUCUUUUGAAUUUAGCAAAGUUAAUGGUGAAGAUGGGCUAUUAUGAAAACGCGGAAAAGUAUCAUCUACUUUUACUCGAAGAUCGUCUAGCUAUUGAUGACAUGCGUAUUUGGGCUGGUAUUCAUAAUAAUUUAGGUUUGAUAUACAGUCACUUGAAUCAAGAAGCAAAAGCAAUUGAAAACUCAGAAAAAGGCAUUGCAAUCCUUAUAGAACAUUCGUCUGAAACAGAUCUCGAACAGCUACAAGCAGCUUAUAAUAAUUUUGGCGAACAUUAUCGCAUACGUGGAGACUUUCAAACAGCUCUGUUGUAUUAUAACAAAGCAUUAAAUGUUGCAAUAGAAAAUACUGACGCCAAUCAAAUUCAAACUGCAACAGUUUAUAAUAAUAUUGCAAUUAUUUAUGCAACACAAUAUCGACAACAUGAAGCAUUAGAAAUGCUCGAAAGAACACUAUCAAUUUUAACAAAAGUCUUACCUUCAACUCACCCUCAACUAGCAUCAACAUAUAAUAAUAUCGUACAUAUUAUGAUACAACUUCGAGAUUAUACUAGAGCAGCUGAACUUUUAAAUACCAUCCUCGAAAUUCAAAAGAAUUCACUUUUGCACGAUCAUCCAAUUUUUGGAAUCACCUUUAAUCAGUUUGGUAUGGUUUGCCAUAUACAAGGUAAAUUUAAAGAAGCAUUAGAUUGGUACAAUAAAGCUCUACAAGUUGUAAUCAAACAUGUACCUGUUAAUCAUCCUCACUUUGCAAUAUAUUAUAACAAUAUUUCAACAGCGUACGCUGCACAAGAUCAACACGCUCUAGCAAUUGAAUAUGCUAGCAAAGCACUUGAAAUACAAAUAAAUUCGCUUUCACCAAAUCAUUCAGAUAUGGUGGCAACCUACUUCAACUUAUAUCUAGGAUAUAAUGCCGAAGGUAAACAGGAAAAAGCGUUAAAAAUGUAUGAGAAAUCAUCAGAAAUCUUUACGCAAAUACUGGCCAACAAUCCAGAUGAGCUUGCAAAACAUCACUAUACUAGUUCAGCAAUUUAUUAUCAAUAUGGAUUAUAUGAUAAACAAAUAGAAUAUCUAAACAAGGCUCUUGAAAUAUAUCUAAACUUGCAACCAACCAAUUAUAAAGAACUUGCUAGCGUAUAUAACAGCUUUGGAGUAGUGUUUUUCCAGCAAGGUAAACAUCAGGAAUCAUUAAUAAUGUUACAAAAAUCUCUCGAUAUUCGAAUCGAAUAUCUCUCGGUGAAUGAUAUAGAUAUUGCGCAAUCAUACGAUCACAUCGCAAAAGUUCACGCUGAACUCGGUGACAAUGAUGAAACUGUCGAAUGUUUAAAAAAAAUGCUUUCAGUACACCUGAUUGCCUUGUCGUCAAACUCAAAAGAUUUAGGCAAAGCUUAUGAGAAACUUGGAAAUGCAUACUACAAACAAGGUAAACUUAAUGAAGCACUGAUCACAAUGGAAAAAUCUUUAGAAAUUUAUAUAUCAUGUUUACCGCACUCUCAUCCGGACAUUGCAAGCGCUUAUGGAAGUAUUGCAGGAGUUUAUUAUGAUCAGAGUAACUACAACAAACAAAUAGAAUAUUUAAAUAAAGCUCUUGAAAUAUACUUACAAUCACAACCAUUAAGUUACACAGAUAUUGCCACAGUUUAUAAUGAUUACGGAUUAGGACUUGUUCAUCAAGGAAAAUAUCAAGAAUCAUUAUAUAUGUUAGAGAAAUCUUUGGAAUUUCGAAUACAACAUCUUUCUACGAAUCAUCGAGACAUUGCAACUUCUUAUAAUAACAUUGCGCAAGUUUUUUCUCAACUUAAUAACCAUUGUGAAGCUGCUGAUUAUUACAAGAAAGCACUUUCUGUACAAUUAAUUUCAUUUCCAUCCAAUAGUGAAGAAUUAGCUAAGACUUAUAGUCGACUUGGUACUACAUAUUAUAGACAAGGAAAACUUAAUGAAGCACUAACCUCAUUUGAAAAAUCUUUAGAAGUUAUAAUAUUCAAUCAAACGUGUAGUCGCUCAUUCUUCACAAUAUUAUCAAGCAAUCUCUCUGAAGUACGCAUUUUACUUACUGACUGUGAUAAACAAAUUGAAUAUCUUAAAGAAACUCUCAAAGCUCAAAUGAAUUUCCUUCCAUCGAAUCAUCCUGAUUUAGCAUGUAUUUACUACAAUUUGGCUGAAGCAUUCUUUAGACAGAAAAAUCUAAAAGAAACAUUAGAAAAUAUGAGAAAAAAACAUGAAAUUGAUUCGAAAAGUCUAUUACCAGACGAUGAUGAAAUGCGAUUGAACGUAAAUACAAUUGCAAUCUUAGAGAUACUUCUGUGGCAAUGGUCGAAAUAA